AUGGAAACAAUUUUUGGCAAUGCAUUGGUUAUCGCUGCUUAUAAACUUGAACGAAAUAUCAGCAAGCAGGUAAGCAAUCGUUUCAUAGUAUCAUUGGCUAUUUCAGACCUAAUUAUUGGUAUUGAAGGUUAUCCACUAUUUACUUUAUAUGUUUUGAAUGGUGACCGUUGGCCGCUUGGAUGGAUAGCAUGUGAAACAUGGCUUUUCCUUGAUUAUACACUUUGCCUUGUAUCAAUACUAACGGUGCUGUUGAUAACAGCUGACCGUUAUUUAUCUGUUUGUCAUACCGCGUCAUAUAUUAAGUGGCAGUCACCAGCAAAAGCUCAAAUAAUAAUUAUCUGCUCCUGGCUUAUUCCUGCUCUUAUAUUUGGUAUUAUGAUUUAUGGCUGGUCAUUGGUGUCCGAUACGACAACCGGACUUAUCAAUGGUGAAUGUGUCGCUCCGUUUCUCACCAAUCCAUAUGUUAAUAUGGGUUUGUAUGUGGUUUAUUAUUGGACGACACUGAUUGCAAUGCUCAUUCUUUACAAAGGGAUCCACAAAGUUACUAAAAAACUUGAAAAAAAAGCCCAUGAUAAAGAUCGACGUCAGUUAGCUCUGUUAUUCAGUCAGCGAGUAGGAACACAGGUUGGUCUUGAACUGAUGCUUUCGCAACCACAUAAUGAAGACGAUGAUAUUGCUAAGGAAAACGACCAGAUUGCGGAAGGUGCCGCAAAAGACACUGAUUAUCGUACAUUCACGACAAAUAUUAUAGCAAGUUACUUAAUAACAUUAUUGCAGUAUACACUCCAGAUAAAAAAUAUUGCUAACUUAAGCAUAGCAAUGAGCAAUGAGAGUGCUGAGACAAUAGCUUUCACAAGCGAUUCUGGUAUUCAUCAUGUUUGCGCUCAUACACUGACUAUUUCCUUGGAUGAUGCCGACGAACAUUUCAAUCAGAAUUGCACUGCUCUUCAUUCAUUAUAUAGUCCCAUCGCAAAUGCAAGGCUAAAAACACUUAUCAUUAAAAGAUUUCCAAUAAAAUGGAUAUCACAAAUCAAGAAUCAAGUGAAGAGAAAUUUACUCAGUUCCAAAUCUUGCUCAUCACUUUCGACCACAUCGUCGAUGGAAAUUUUAAAUUCAAAAGUGCUGGAAACUCAACCUUCUGAGAUAAAAAUCUCAUCUGUGAGCCGACACGGAAGUACUUCCAAAAAUGAGAGCAGUGCGAAGCAAAGUUUUCUGAGUUCAACGACCUUUAGUACUGAAAGAUCAUCACGUAAAUUUUCAUCUUUUUCGAAUUUGAAUAUUAAAAGAGAUAAUGUUUUGCACUUUUUUUCACCCUUGACUUUACUUCAACGAAAACGUAAGAAAACGAAAGCUGAACGAAGAGCACAUAAAGCAUUCAGGACAAUUACAUUCAUUGUUGGGUGUUUUACCAUGUUGUGGUCACCCUAUUACGUCGUGGCAACGGUGUAUGGAUUUUGUCGGCACUGUAUACCACCACUACUGUAUACGCUCACUUAUUACAUGUGCUAUCUUAAUUCAAGUAGCAAUCCUUUCGCUUACGCUUUGGCUAACCGCCAAUUCCGUGUCGCCUUCUUGCGAAUGUUGCGCGGAGACUUCAAUAAAAAUUCUUAA